CACAAAACCAACAGAAAAACCAGAACACUGUUUGCCAGUUAAUUCUACUUUUCGUGACAUCACACUGCCAUUACUUUUAAUUAAGGAAAAAACACUUGAACACUAAUCGUCUCAAAAGAGCGGCCCCUUUUUGGAUAUAGCUAUCUUUCUUCACGCCCACAAGAAAACUUUCCAAUGUGUGGUAUCGAAGGUUGAGAAUUUAGCGUUUCUUGUUGAUGAAAAUGUAAAUGGGUUUUCCCGAAAGUAGGCAGCUUUCGAAGAGGGAUCAAAAUUCUCAGCGCUCUUCUUCUGCAAGUAGCAAUAACAGCAAUGGUGUUAAUGGCGGCUGUAAUGUCUCGGGAAUUUUGUGGGGUCAGAGAUGCAGAUCAAGAUUUGCAAGAUUGGUGCUUUUCAAGCGGAUUGAUUAUGUGCAGCUGAUUUGCGCGGUUGCUGUUUUCUUCUUCUUUAUCUUCAUCUUUCAGGUAUUCUUCCUACCGGGCUCUGUGGCGGAUGAUGGAAGGAAAUUCGGUCGAAUUGAAGGUGUGUUUAGAAGGCGCCAUGAAACAAGCAGUCGAGAAUUGUCAUUCUUGAAAGAAUUGGAUUUUGGUGAAGAUGUCAAGUUUGAGCCUUUGAAAAUCUUGGCCAAGUUUCGGAGGGAUGCAGAAGAUGCCACCCUCGGUGUUUCUUCACCAAAUGUCACCAGAUUUGGGUACAACAAACCCAAGCUUGCUUUGGUCUUUGCAGAUUUGUGGGUUGAUCCACAUCAGAUUUUGAUGGUUACUGUUGCUUCUGCAUUGCGGGAGAUCGGCUACGAGAUUGAGGUGUUCUCGCUGGAAGAUGGCCCCGUUCGUGCUACUUGGAGAGAGGUAGGGCUUCCUCUCAAUGUGAUCAGUGCAGAUGAGAACAUGAAGUUCAGGGUAGAUUGGCUAAACUAUCAUGGAAUAAUAGUCAAUUCUCUUGGAGCUGUGGGUGUCUUAUCUAGUCUUAUGCAGGAACCAUUCAGAAAAGUACCACUUGUAUGGACCAUCCAUGAACAGACGCUUGCUAUACGAUUGAGACAAUAUGUUUCAAGUGGUCAAACUGAAAUGGUUGAUAGCUGGAAAAAAGUUUUCCAAAGAGCCACCGUUGUAGUCUUCCCAAACUAUAUUCUACCGGUGGCCUACUUGGCAUGUGAUCCUGGUAACUACUUUGUCAUCCCAGGGUCACCUGAAGCGGCAUGGCAAGCUAAUACGAUGAUGCCUUCUAACACAAAUGAUUUUGCUAUUGCCAUUGUGGGAAGCCAGCUAUUGUACAGAGGCUUAUGGCUGGAGCAUGCCUUUAUUUUGCAGUCUUUGUAUCCUCUGCUUGCGAACUUUAGCGGUGCUAGUUCUCAUCUUAAAAUCUUCAUCUUGGCUGGCGACUCUGCGAGCAACUACAGUAGAGCUGUGGAGACAAUUGCACUGAACUUGAAGUAUCCAAACGAAACUGUUAAGCUUGUAGCUGUUGAUGAAAAUGCCGAUGCUGUUCUGAGCAGUGCUGAUCUUGUGAUCUAUGGUUCCUUCCUUGACGAGCAUACUUUCCCCGGAAUUUUGCUAAAAGCCAUGUGUUUCGGGAAACCUAUAAUUGCCCCAAAUCUACCAAUGAUCCAGAAAUAUGUUAGUGACAGGGUGAAUGGAUUUAUUUUCCCUAAGGAGGAUACCGAGAAGCUGACAGAGAUCAUGUUUCGACUGGUUUCAAAUGGAAAGCUCUCUCCUUUAGCACACAAUGCUGCUUUGAUUGCAAAACGUACAGCCAGAAACUUAAUGGUUUCUGAAAGUGUCAAAGGAUAUGCAUCUUUGUUGGAAAACAUUCUCAUGCUCCCAUCCGAAGUCGCUAGUCCCCGUGCUGCACGAGAGAUUCCUAUGGAGUUGCGAACUAAAUGGCUAUGGCAUUAUUUUGAACCGUUUAGAGAUGCAAAUUCUUCAAACAAAAGUGGCAGGAUUUGUAAAUAUCUAGACGAGGUUGAAAAGCAACUGAAUCGUACUCGUAAGGAAAAGUUAAACUCUCAUGGUUUGAUUACGACAAACAAUACAUUUAUGCUUGCCAUUUGGGAAGAGCAAAAGUAUUUUGACAUGGCCUAUAUGAGAAAAAGAAGAGAGGAUGAAGAGUUCAAGGAUCGAACUGAUCAAGCUCGGGGAACGUGGGAUGAAGUAUAUAGAAACGUUAGAAGGCUCGACCGCACAUUACACGAAAGAGAUGAAGGAGAACUGCUAAGGACAGGUCAACCUCUAUGUAUAUAUGAACCUUACAAUGGAGAGGGGACUUGGCCUUUUUUGCACCAUACCUCUCUGUAUAGAGGGCUUAGGCUGUCCUCGAAAGGUCGAAGACCUGCAGCCGAUGAUGUCGAUGCAUCUUCUCGUCUUCCACUGUUAAAUAAUGCUUAUAAUAGAGAGAUCUUAGGGGAAUAUGGAGCCUUUUUUGCUAUAGCUAAUCGGAUUGAUCGUCUCCAUAAAAAUGCAUGGAUAGGAUUCCAGUCUUGGAGAGCUACAGCAAGAUCGAAAUCUUUGUCUAAAAAUGCUGAAAGAUUGUUACUGGAAGCUAUUGAAGCAAGAAGACAUGGAGACGUGCUUUACUUCUGGGCUCGUCUGGACAUGGAUCCGAGAUACCAAUCAGAGCAGGACUUCUGGUCAUUCUGUGAUGCUAUAAACGCUGGGAACUGCCGAUUCGCGUUCUCUGAGGCUGUCAAGAAAAUGUAUGGUGUGAAACACGACUUCACUUCACUUCCACAAAUGCCUUCAGAUGGAGGAACUUGGUCCGUCAUGCACUGUUGGGUCGUUCCUACUCGAUCCUUUCUGGAGUUCGUCAUGUUUUCAAGGAUGUUUGUAGAUGCACUGGAUGCACAGUUCUAUGACGAGCACCACAGAACGGGGCGUUGUUGUCUGAGCUUAUCGAAGGACAAGCACUGCUACUCACGUCUGCUCGAGCUGCUGAUAAACGUUUGGGCGUACCAUAGUGCACGACGGAUGGUGUACAUCCAGCCGGAGACGGGGUUGAUGCAAGAACAGCACAAGCUGAGUGGACGGAGAGGCCGAAUGUGGGUGAAGUGGUUCCAGUUCAGCACCCUCAAGAGCAUGGACGAGGACUUGGCGGAGGAGUUUGACUCCGACCGCCCUAGGAGACGGUGGCUGUGGCCGUCGACGGGCGAAAUCUUCUGGCGAGGUAUGUAUGAGAAGGAGAGGAAUAUGAGAAUCAAAGCAAAAGAGAGAAAGAAGCAGUUGAGUAGGGACAAAUUAAAACGUAUGAGAAGAAGAUUUCGUCAGAAAGUGAUUGGCAAAUAUGUGAAGCCAGUUGAAGAUGAGUCCAACACCACCAAUAUUACUACUGUUUGAAAUGUAAUUCUAUACAAUUAAAUUUUUUCAUUUUUACCCCAAUUUUCUUUUCCAUUUCAGAGUGGAUGCCUAGGGUGGUUUGUACAUUCUGUAUGAGAUAUUGUACGUAGUGCGCAUCCAUCUGAUGUUCUUUUACACUGUACAACAUUUUUUGAAGUGAAAAAUGUGUGAAUAAAUAUGUUGUUUUGCCAUUGCAUAA